GGGAUUAUUUUAAUGGUCCCUUUAAUAUCAGCCAGUCCAAAUAGUCUCUUGUCAAAUAUUUCUGGGGCCUGUACUUGAAGAAAGAAAUGAUUUUCUCAAAUCUGUGAACAGGACACUUUUUUUUUUUAAUGUCAAAAUAAACCAUCUGCUUAUACAACUGUUUCUAAUUACUUCCCUGCCUAGACUCUCCACCGAGGGGUUUGGCACCAGCACCCCGCCCAUAGCAGCGCCGCUGCCCAAAUCCUCCCAGGCAGCUCAUCAAGGCAAUUGCAACUCCGGCUGGAGCCCCGGACCUGCAAGCCUGGGUGUCCGUGGGUCCGUCUGCCUGGCCAUCUGCUGGUGGGACCUCUCCCUCCUGCCGCCUCCCCCAGGGAGCCCCACCUUGCAGAAGUGCGGCUUGCCUGCCGGGAGCAGCCUAGGAGCUCAGCAUGUGUCCGUCAGGCUUCAGGAACUUCUUGCUGCUGGCGUACUCCCUUCUCUUUGCUGGGCUGUCAGCUGUUCCUCAAAGCUUCUCGCCAUCUCUGAGGAGCUGGUCAGGCGCGGCCUGCAGGCUGUCCAGGGCGGAGUCGGAGCGCCGGUGCCGGGCACCUGGGCAGCCCCCGGGGAGUCCUCUGUGCCACGGCCGGGGCAGGUGCGACUGCGGGGUCUGCAUCUGCCACGUGACCGAGCCAGGCACUUACUUCGGGCCCCUGUGCGAGUGCCACGAGUGGGUGUGUGAGACCUACGAUGGGAGCACCUGUGCAGGCCAUGGGAAGUGUGACUGUGGCAAGUGCAAAUGUGAUGAGGGAUGGUCUGGGGAUGCUUGCCAGUACCCAACUCACUGUGACCUGACAGAGAAAAUAAGUAACCAAAUGUGCAAGAAUUCUCAAGAUGUCAUCUGCUCUAAUGCAGGUACAUGUCACUGUGGCAGGUGUAAGUGUGAUAAUUCUGACGGAAAUGGACUCGUUUAUGGUAAAUUUUGUGAGUGUGAUGAUAGAGAAUGCAUAGAUGAUGAAACAGAAGAAAUAUGUGGAGGCCAUGGGAAGUGUUACUGUGGAAACUGCUACUGCGAGGCUGGUUGGCAUGGAGAUAAAUGCGAAUUCCAGUGCGAUAUCACCCCCUGGGAAAGCAAGCGAAGAUGCACAUCUCCAGAUGGCAAAAUCUGCAGUAACAGAGGGACUUGUGUGUGUGGUGAAUGCUCUUGCCACGAUGUUGAUCCAACUGGAGACUGGGGAGACAUUCACGGGGACACCUGUGAGUGUGAUGAAAGGGACUGUAGAGCCGUGUAUGAUCGAUAUUCUGAUGACUUCUGUUCAGGUCAUGGGCAGUGUAACUGUGGAAGAUGUGACUGCAAAGUAGGCUGGUAUGGGAAAAAGUGUGAGCACCCACGUUCCUGCAUGCUGUCGACAGAGGAGAGCCUCAAGAAAUGUCAGGGAAGCUCUGAUCUGCCUUGCUCUGGAAGGGGUAAAUGUGAAUGUGGAAAAUGCACUUGCUACCCACCAGGAGAUCGCAGGGUGUAUGGCAAGACAUGUGAGUGUGAUGAUCGCCACUGUGAAGACCUUGAGGGCAUAAUCUGUGGAGGCCACGGCACAUGUUCCUGUGGCCGCUGCAUUUGUGAGAAAGGAUGGUUUGGAAAGCUCUGCCAGCAUCCGCGGAAGUGUAACAUGACGGAAGAACAAAGCAAGAGUCUGUGUGAAUCAGCAGAUGGCAUCUUGUGCUCGGGGAAGGGUUCUUGUCAUUGUGGAAGGUGCAUUUGUUCUGCCGAAGAAUGGUAUAUUUCAGGGGAAUUCUGUGACUGUGAUGAUAGAGACUGCGACAAACAUGAUGGCCUCAUUUGUACAGGAAAUGGAAUAUGUAGCUGUGGAAACUGUGAAUGCUGGGAUGGAUGGAAUGGAAAUGCUUGUGAAAUCUGGCUUGGCACAGAAUAUUCUUAAUAGUGUCAUGGGAGAGGACUGGAUUCUUGUUUUUUGAGGCCAUUACAAGAUAUAAAUGCAGAGGAAACCAUGUAUAAUCACCACUAGGACAGUUUAAGCAGACCAUUGUAUGUUUUUCUAUUUCUGAAUGAAAUUUUGGUACUCAUUAGAAAUGAAUUAAGCAAACUCUGACGUACAUAACACUAGAAAGGAUUUUUCAUCCAUAAUUAAUAUAAGUGGUUCUCAAUGAGGGCGAUUUUGCCACUCAAAAGACAUUUAGCAAUAUUUACAGACAAUUUUGAUUGUCACACUUAGUGAGGUGGGAGGGUGUGCUACAGGCUUCUAGUGAGUAGAAGCCAGUGACACUGCUAAACAUUCAGCAGUGCCCAGAAAAGCCCCCACUGCAAGGAAUUAUGUGACUCCAAAUGUCAAUAGUUCUCUAGUUGAGAAAUGCUGAAUUACAUUGUCGUUAAAAAUCCACAUUCCUACACAAUAAAGAUCAUAUUAGAAUCUAAGGACAAGAUACACCUUCACAUAGAUGAACCAAUCAGAUUUUUCCAGGAUUCCAUAUCACUUCACGUUUUCAUAUGGGAACAAUGAAGACACAUGAGGUGAAUGUCAGGUAGGGACUGGAUCAAGGGAGAAGAGUGGUCAUUUUUAGCCAUGAAGUCAUUUGUUUAAUCUCACUCUAAAUUCAUGAAAGAGGAUUCUCUUAAGAUAAAGGAAGAAAUUAUGAAAAAUGUACAAUUUAACAUUUUUAAUAAAUAGUGACAAGUUGUCUAUA